CUGUUUCGGAUUUUGCGACACUCAUUAAUACGAGUUAUACUGGAUAUCGUCUGGAUAACUGGUCUAAUCAUUUGUGGACCUUUUCGGUUUAUUCUGCUCUACAGACAUGGUGAUAUAGCAAUGAUUGCUAUUCUGACAUCAGUUUUCAUAAAGUCAAUCUCCUCAGGAAAGUCACGAGGGACACUUUUUUUCAUCUUUGGUGUUCUAUCGAUUGUAUUUUUCGAUCAUGAUGUUCAGGAUGCUGUGACUGAACAUCCGGAGGGAGUGCAUAAAAGUCUUCUAAUUCACAGGAUUUACGAGCUAUUUAUACAUCUUGGAUUGUCAGAUCACAAAUUCGGAGCUAUUCUCUUAUUGAUAUCGGCUUGUGCAGAAGCUGGUUUCACUUCCGCUGCUCGGACGCUAGCUGCAUCGAUUGGUGGUGCUAAAAGGCUUCAUGCCCUCUCCACAUGCGCCUCGGUUUUUCUUAUUCUUUUGGUCAGCACUUUUGCUGCUUUCUUCGGUACAAUCUUCUUUCACAGGCAACCUUCAAAGUUGGAUAUCCCGUUGACCGAAUUCAGCUACUCCUAUGGUUUUUUUGCAACCCUUCUUGUUGUACUAGUCUUUGUAGCUGACUUCUACUUCACUGAAUUCAUGGUUCGAAAAGCUGGGCCAAACUCUGUUCAGAGGGCCUCAUACCCCUGUCUUGCUAUUACAGCUUUUCUUAUAAGUGCCUGCAUUAACGGCUCUGUUGGUACUGUGUCGGCGUCGGUGCUUAAAUCAGACAGCCAGUUGGAUCCAAUUUUCCCUGAUUCAUCGCUUUCUCAGCCAGCUCAUUACCUUUCUACCGGAGUUAUUCUAGCUCUAGUGGCUUUCCUCUAUUCAUCAAGCUUGUUAACUCGAUCCUGCGCAGAUAUCACAGGUGGUGGACGUAGAUUUGUGGGCUUCUCUCCUGCCGGUCUGCCUCUCUACACUCCACAGGCAGCUCCUUCUAGUACUGGAAGUGGCGAUGGUGAGGGUCUGAGCUUCGCCUAUCACGCUGUGGCCACUCUUAAACAAGUCACUGCCGAUAAGGCCUCUUUCCGCAUAUUCGUCUUUCUCUGCCUCAAUUUGUCUUUCACCUUCAUUGAACUAUUCUACGGUGUGUGGACGAACAGCCUCGGACUCAUCUCUGAUGGUUUCCAUAUGCUCUUCGAUUGUGCUGCUCUUGUAAUGGGUCUCUACGCUUCUGUGGUCGGUCGGUGGAAACCUACUCGCAUCUACUCCUUUGGUUUUCAUCGGGCGGAAAUUUUAUCAGGAUUCAUAAAUUCCCUUGCCUUGAUGGUCAUCUCUUCCUCGAUCUUCGUCAAUGCACUAGAACGCAUUCAUCAGCCUCCUGAUAUUAAUACCGAUCGGCUUAUGGUAAGUUCGAUUAAGCCCUCUCACUUGCCCAUACUUUCCCCAUCGACCUAG